GCACGCACUGGGAGAUUGGAAGAGUCACAGUUGAAUGAGUUCCUUAGCGUCUCCAGUAUUGAUGAAGCGGAUUCUAGGAAGGGCUUCCCUUUGCUUGUAGAGGCAGUUCGAAAGGGGGAACUUAGCACUGUGCUACUUUUGCUUCGCAAAGGAGCUAGUGUGAAUAAGAAGGGAAGACAUGGUCGAACCCCUUUGCACUACGCCGUCAGAGCCAAAAACAACUGUGACAAGAUCAUCGAGGCACUGCUUGACGCAAAGGCCGAAAUCGAUGCAGCAGAUGAUGAUGGCAACACUCCGCUUAUUAUUUCUGUUCAGGAAACGGCGGGAUUACCUGUCAUGAAGCUGCUGGUCUCCCGCGGUGCAUCGCCAACCAAGAAGAACAAGGCUGGGGAGUCCGCAUGGGACAUCGCCAAGGACAAGGAUAAACCUGUCGACCAUAAUACUUUAAGCGCCCUCUCGCUGGGAAGGUAUCAGGCACCCCAGAGGUCCAAUGUUACUAGCAGCAUUAUCGAUUUUAUCCUAUUCGUUUUCAGCUACCUCAACAGCGGAGAGGUCCAGGGUGUGGCCAAAGGUGCUGUUUCAAAGACCUACAAGAUAGGCAAUGCUAAGAUUAGCGAUAAGCUUGCACAGGAGAUCAAGAAUCCCCAUACGGUAGAGGAUUUCAAGAACAAUAUCAAGUUUGUGCAAGACAACUCUGAGCUCAGCGCAUUUUUCCCCAAGGGAAACCCUUUCCUACAGAAAGUGGCAGAGAAUGCAGUCCAAAUAAUGGCGAACCCGGAAAACUGUCUCAACGAAGCGAGGUUGAUCAAUGAUCUCACAAAGCUGGCACUCUACCAGACAAUCCUCUAUUGUGAUGACAGCGGGUCGAUGAAGAAAACAGACAUGGGUAAUAAGGAUACUCGGCAACAAUUGCUGAGGAAGCUGAUCUCUCGCAUGUCGAGCGUCGUGACGCGCCUAGUUCCAGAUGGUGGAGGAGUACAUCUUCGCUUUAUCAACAAGCCGGAGACAUAUGACGAUUUAAGUAGUAAGCAGAUUGAUGAAGCGCUCGACAUCGAGCCAAAGGGUGGGACAAACAUUGGUACCCAACUGCGGAGAAAGAUCCUCCAUCCCUUUAUCUUGGACCCAAUCGCCUUGGGCGAGACUCUGAAAAGACCGAUUCUAAUUAUCAUUAUUACUGAUGGCUGCCCAACAGAGCCGGAUCCAGACUCGUUCAAAAAAGCCAUCAUCGACUGCUCACGAGCUCUAGAGAAUAGCGGAUAUGGGUCCCGAGUUGUCCGAUACCUUGUUAAUCGUAUCGGGCAAGACGAUGCCGCCGCCAAGUUUAUUGAAAGUCUUGGUGGUGACAAUAACAAGGUUCUUGACCGAAUCAUCCAGCGCACAUCAGGUACC